AGUUCAGGAAGUAGCUUACAGCAGCUGAUAGUGUCUAUGCCAGGAAGCUUUAACCAAUGUUUCGGGUUUUUCGGGCAGAUAAAACGCAGCUAAAACAGAUUUUUGAGUUCAGUAGAAAAAUGUCUAACAUACCCACUGAAUGUGGCGCGGCAGAAAACAACAGGUCGGUCCAUUCGGACACCAUCCAGGAGGUUCACAGCGUUCCUAUGGAGGCUAUCAUCAGACCAUUUCCCUCGGAGCUGGACGAGCAGAAAGUCCAGAGUCUGAUGGAUACCAUUAAGGAGACACCAGACAUCAGUGUUGUUCCUCCUAUUGAUGUUCUCUGGAUCAAAGGCAGAGAGGGAGGAAAUUACUACUACUCCUUUGGAGGCUGUCACAGGUUUGCUGCCUAUCAGAGGCUCCACAUGCCAACCAUCCCAGCCAAACUCAUCAGAUCAAACAUCUCAGACCUCAGGACUUACUUGGGGGCUUCAACGCCUGAUCUACGAUAAUUCUUUGGACUUUUUCUUGUUUUGACUCACUAUAUCCGAAGUGUACAACUCCAGCCCUCUAUUGAAUUAUGAAGGCCUGCAGAUCUCUAUUAUUAAUGAGCCACUCAUUUCAUCUAUGUUACAUGUAUAAAACUCAAGGCUCGUGGGCCAAAUCUGGUCCGCUGAAGCUUCUUAUGUGGUCCUCUAGAUUCCAGAGGAACACAUAAAUAGAAACUUCAAGAUAACAUUUGUGUGAUUAAAUAUUAUUUUAUCAAUCAAAUCACUUUUUUAUGUGUAUACUGCCAAAUUACAUCCGUCAGUCCCUCCAGUUUUUUGCAACUCUGCAAUUCUGUAAAUACAACAAUUGCCUGCAAUUUUUCGCGUUAAUAUAAAAUUCUGAGUUUAUUGCAAAUUUUCCCCAAAAGCCAAAAACAUUAUGUUAACAUAAUGCUACCUCCCACCAGAAGGUGGCAGUAUGUCUUCCUCCUAAUGCAAUGCUACCUCAGCCUUACUUGAUGUAAAGUUAUAGUCCAUGAUUGAUAUGGUGAGUAACAAAAAGACAAAUUUUCCUUCAAAUAACCAAAAAAAUUGCAAAAAUCCUUGCAAUUGGCUCCACAGAAAUGUCUGUAACUUUAAGUUUUUUUUUAAAUCACAAAAACAAUAAUGAAAUCCACAAGGGACUAAUCGGUAUGAAAAGAUACUCAAGAGGAACUUGUUCAAUGGAGACAAACUAUUGAUUAAUAUUUUAGCAGUUAAUUGGUUUAACUUAUAAAUCCUGCCAUAACUGGCCGUUUAAGAAAUAGAGGUUUCAAAAUGUAUUUGAAACCCCUGAUUUAGAUGUUUUCAAUCAUUACAGUAUGUGAAAUGCUUUUGACUCCAGAUUUAGACGUUUGCUCAGGAGAAUCACACUGUGACUGCCAGCUGCAGCAGGUGAUUGCAAUGCACAGGAUUUACCAGCAGGGGGAAACAAAGCUCUGGAUGUUCCCACAUUCCUCAUGUCAAAUUGCUGCAUGUUUAAAUGUUUAGUUUUAUAAAGCAAAUACUUCUCAGUAAAUUAAAGCUUCUUUAAUGUACCUUCUUACAUUUUGCAUAAGAAACUGAAUCCAUAAUUCAUCACGUGGUUGAUUAUUUUUCUGUUGUGAUAGGUUAAGUUGUUGUAGUUGUGGAUUUAUUUAA